GUACCUUGUAUCUUCAGCAUUGCCUUUUUGGGAACGAGGGGCUUGAUGCCAGCGAAGCAUGAACCCCCUUUGAUUGCUAGGCAAGCCCCCCAUCGCUGAUCAAUCAAGCUUCCCCAUCAGCCCAGUACUUGGCCGCCCUUGACAAUACAGCUCACCUGUUACACGAUCUCAACGACCAGCCACGCGGAUGGGAAUCUAGCGUGUGUUUGGAAGCAUGUCUUUCUCACUGAGCCAGCUGCCGCAUGAGUCAACAUCAGCCAUCUUGGGCAUGGCAAUAGAAAACCUGAUGGUGUCUGGCUCGGCACGGUUCGUUACUGACAGUCACGCCGUGAGUUGAGCAUAACAAGACCAAGACUGGACAGUCAGCCGCUGGUGUGUGGCUGCUUGGACCCCCGAAAUUGCCUGCUGCCCUGGAUAAUUUCCUGCCUGUUGAAAUCUCCGGCUCACAGCACCCCUGACAAGGUCAACUAUAGUCUAUUCCUCACGGGGACGGAGAGGGCGAUACCUCGUCGUUGGCAUGGACCACUCGCGCAUUUCUUUUCCAUCCUGCACUCUCGACUAUGUAAUACAUGCAACAUGGCGAAAGGGGCUCGCUCCUCAAUGGCAGGGCGUGUUCAACAGCAACCGCGCGCUUCCACCAAUGAACCACAUCUCCGGAUGAAAUGCCCGGCACUGACAAGCAUCAAGGGCCCGCAGACGACAGCGGUGCUCCACUAGAAAACCUUCUAGAACUCGGGCUCGACUGUCAGUGCGCUGCCGGUCCCUGUUGGCACAGCUUCGCCUGCCGACCCAGCCCUGACCCGCCAGCCUGGACGGAUGGCUGUGGUGCUGGCAGCAAUUCGUCAUUUCAAUGCAGGUUGUGGUCCGGAGCUAUUGAAGGCGGAAUUCCCAUCUGGGCGGGAGGGGCGUUUUGUACGUCGUAUAGCAGAGCUACCGCAGUACAACAUCGUCAUGGUAAUUAGGUAGAUAGCUGGGCAGUGUGUAAUAGUUCCAAGAGUCGGUGCAGCAUCUCCGGCCCCGGAGCCUUGAGAAUCCGCACCACCGGGGU